CUUUGCUAUAUGCUCCCUUCUGCACAAGCGAGGUCUAAAAACGACUUUCAAAAAGGCCUCGGACCGACAUAAGUCCCAGAUACCGCUUUCACCAGCACGCGGAAGACCAUGGCAUCCGUCCUGGGCUGCCACCUUGUGGGCAGUGUUCCCCUUCCCGAUACUGAAGCCGUGUUCCGCGAAUGUCUGGCAGUCCUACCGGGGCGACUGAAGCGCAUUCCCGAUGGCGAGACGGGAUCCCGACAGCUGUUUACCACCUUUCAGGCGCAAUUAUUCGGCGUCUACCCUCCCAUGAUGACCAAAUUUGAGCACAAUGCCCCCAUCCCGCAUGACUCAUUCACGUCCGAACAGAUUGACGAAGGGAUAGCAGCCCUGCAGCAGGCCGAUUUGCAGACGGGAUACGACACCUCCGCGGUGGAAAGUUAUGCAGUGUUCAAGAAGCUUCGAGAUGAAGGUGUGAUUGCUCCGGGUGUGCGCAUGCAGGUGUGCAUCCCCACAGUGGCCAAUGUAAUUUUUCCUUUUGUGCAGUUUCCUUUUCAGCCGCGCGUGGAACCUAUAUACGAAGCGGCGCUGUUCCGGGCGAUGCGGAAGAUUCAAGAUUCGAUUCCGCACGAGGACUUGGCGAUUCAGAUUGACAUUGCGGGAGAUACUGCGUUCUGGGAGGCGAUCACUCCGGGAGCUGUCAGGGAGAAUUCCGGUCUGGAGUGGUUCAAGCCUUGGUGGGAAGGUGAUGUGAAACAGUACAUGGUGGACUAUAUCGUUCGCAUGAUCAGCCAGGUUGACGUGGGAGUGGAGCUGGGAAUACAUAACUGUUAUGGCGACAUGGACCACAAACACUGGCACGAACCCACUUCACUCGCCGUCGUAGUGGAACGACAAAUCCUCGUAACCAAAGCUUCACCACGCAAGAUCAACUGGUCACACAUGCCAGUCCCAAAAUCUGCGGCGGAGAGACCUAAGGUGGGACUGGAGAAGUUCUUGAGCCCGUUGAAAGAUCUGCGACCGAUUCUCGAACAGCAUGGUACGGAGCUGUAUCUUGGUGUGGUGCAUGAACAUCAGCCGGAGUUGACCCAUCAGAUGAUUGAGGCUGUGGAGAGUGUAGUGCCUGGUCUCAAGUUUGGUGUGGGGACGGAGUGUGGAGGAGGACGCAUGCAGUGGGCUCCUUUUGAGGAUGCUUUGCGGAUUGCUGCGGAUGUGUCGAGGCCGGUGCUGUGAUGUGCGUCGUGAUUAUAGGCGUUGACUGGCCAAAACGAUACAAUACUUAUAGUGGCUGGGGAGUGUCGUACAAAGUCAUCACCACUGCUACAAUUGACUGCGCAUGAGGAUGUCGUAUGUUGUAUAGGAUAAAGAGCAAACCUUUCAACCGC